AUGCAACCAAGACAACCAAGGCCUAGAUUUCAGUUUACAACACAGCAUAGAACAUUAUUAGAAGGGGUGUAUCAAAAUACACCAUAUCCCGAUAAAGCUCGAAAGCUUCAAUUGGCUGCACAGAUUGGUGCCACUGACGUUCAAGUUAACGAAUGGUUUCAACGAAGAAGAAAAAAAGAUUCUUCAAUGAUUUCGAACAGGGCGCUGGCUAAUAGUACAGCAGCGACAAACACUACAAUAAAUUCUUCCUCUUCAGCGUCCCCAUCUUCCACCUCCACC